AUGGAAAAAGAUCCUGCGUUGGGAAAAGUGCCGCCCCACAUCACUGCCAUGGCGUCCCAGCCCUCGUCGGCCAAUAUGCUCAACACCAGAGCCAUGGGAACCGCGACAACGCUUCAAAUGCACGACGAAGAGCAGAUUGCACUACUACUGUGGGUGCAAAACCUACGAUCGGAAGGCAUUCCUGUCAACAGGCUACUUCUUAAGUGCAAGGCCAUGGAAGUUGCACAAGAUCUCGGAUUCCUUCCAAGUCAAUUCAAAGCAAGUUCAACUUGGAUUUCCGGGUUUAUCAAGCGAUGGAAACUAUCCUGGCGAGCGAAAACACGAUCUGGUCAAUCGAACCACUCUCAGGGCGAAGCCACAUUGGCUGAAUUCAGCCAGCGAAUUCGUCAAGUCGUGCUUGAGAAUGAAAUCGACGACAUCUACAAUGCUGAUCAAACCGACCGCAUGACGGCCAUGCUCUUGGCCCAUACGAAAGUAACCAAAUAUCCAAUGUUCCUGGUCCUCAAGUCGUCGAAGUCUACCGUCAAGAAGAACGUUCAAGAGAAUCUUACUCGUCGAAACGGAUUUGGCCCGCGUGUUUGGCCUGAAUCGUUGAGCUCCACGAGCGACAUGCCUCGCGCUUGCAAAAACCUCAAGAAAGUACUGCUCCUAUGGGACGAUUUCAGUGCCCAUUUUGGAGACGAAGUUGUUGCCUAUGCUCCAUCCUGUGACGUCAUGCUGGAAAAGAUUCCACCCACCUUCACACGGAUUUGUCAGCCCGCCGACGUCUCCUGGAUGAAGCCAAUGAAAGCCGCAAUGCGCAAGCGAUGGGUUUCCUACUUGCGAGCGGAGAUUAAGCAUCACAGCUCCAGUCAAGAUGGAUUUCGCUUACUGCCACCGACACGCAGCGACUUGGUCGAGUGGGUCAACGAUGCCUGGGAGAAUCUUCCUAGGGCAACCGUGGUCAAUGGCUUUGUCAAAUGCAACAUCAUUGACACACCUGCCAACACGCCUGCAUCCAAUGCGGACGAUGGCACGUCAUCGUCCACCCCAACGUCCACCCAAACACAAGCCAACGACUGA